CUUUUAAAUUAUCAUGAACUCUAUGGCAACUUUAUUUUAUUAUAAAUAAAUGAGAAAAAUUCUAUCUUUCUCCGAUCCCCCCAAGUGGCGCUCUUCUUAAACGUCACCAAAUGGGUACACGAUAGCACCGUUUACAAUCAAAAUUGAUUUAUUAAAUUAAAAAAGAAACAAACGAUUUUUAUAGUAUAAAAGAAUCAAGAAAAUUUUAAAUAUUUCCUUUUCCUCCCCUUUAUUACGGAAAAAGAAAAUCCUUUCUAAAGAAUUUUUAUAGAUAUUAAAAAAAAAAAAAAGAAAAAUGGUGAAAUCUGUGGGAACGGCUCAGCUUCAUCAAGAAGAAGAAGACGAAGAUGACUACGAAGAUAAAGGGGAAGGAGUGAAAGUAGAGGGGAAAGGAAGUGAGCAAAAGACAAAAACGAAUCGGUCUAAGCAUUCUGAGACUGAGCAGCGUAGAAGAAGCAAGAUUAAUGAAAGGUUUCAGACUUUGAGAGGUCUUAUACCUCAAAACGAUCAAAAGAGAGACAAAGCUUCUUUUCUAUUAGAGGUCAUACAGUACAUUCAGUUUUUACAGGAAAAGUUGCAAAUGUAUGAGGGAUCAUACCAAGGGUGGAGCCAGGAGCCAACAAAACUGAUUCCAUGGAGAAAUCAUCAUGGGCUUGCAGAAAGUUUUGUUGACCAUUCUCAAGUUAUGAAGAAUGGAUCUAGUUGUGAGAAUGAUGUUGUCAUUCCAUCAAUGCUUGCAAAUACUCAGAACUCAAUUGAGUCUGACUUGGGUAAUGCUGCAGUUUUUAAAGCACUGGAUCAUCCCCCUGGGUCAGCUACAAUUAUGGUUAACAUGCAGACACAAUCAAAUACAUUUGCUACUCAUGGAAGUGGUAGCAUCCCUACAAACUCCUUUCAUGAGUCUGCUUCUGAUUCUGAGAACUUGGUAAAUAGACCCCAAUUUCAGCCAUGGCAAAGUAGAGAGUGUCUAACUGAGAAUGCUGUUCCAAACAAUUCAGUAAAUGAAGGGGAGGACUUGACUAUUAGAGGUGAAUCAGUAGGCUUGUCAAGUGCCUACUCUCAAGGGGUAUUGAACUCUCUGACCCAAGCGCUGCAGUCUUCAGGUGUGGAUAUGUCACAGGUGAGCAUCUCUGUGCAAAUUGAUGUUGGUAAACAAGGAGAUAGCGGAGGUACUUCUAUGGCAUCCAGUUCUAAGGAGAAAGAAAUCCAAUAUACAAGCAAUCAAUUGAUGUCACAAACUGGAGUUCAUAACUACACAGAGGAGUCUGAUCAGGCUUAUAAGAGGCACAGAACAAGAAAAAGCUAGUGUAUGAUUCUAGUCACUUUCUUUUUCCCUUUUUGUUUCAUCAUUCAGUUCCGUCUUUGUCCGAUUGAGGUGCUCAUUUUUUCCAUGCCAUGGUCCACAGGUUUUUAGGUCUUGGACCAAAUGUAAAUUUUUAUGCUUCUUGGUUUGCUGGGUUGCCUCUGCUAGGGGGAAAAUUAUUAUAUAUUCUUUUAUUUGUACUUGUUUGAGACAGAGGAUUCCAUGCAUAUGUGAGAAGCUGCUUUAUUAUUAUUGCUAUUAUGAUUUUAAUCGCAGUAUCUUCCAUUUCCCAUGUGAAAGCUUUUGGCAACAUUUUCUUGUCCAUUAAGUAUUCUGGAUUGUACAAGGGAACAAAGUCUUCCAAAUUAUCCUGCUGUUCUGUCUUGAGUUAGACAAAUAUUGUUUGGAUGAGCUGGAAAAUAGAUUUCCUGAGCUUGGACACCAGAAGAAAUGGUGGGGCUAUGGGGCUGCCAAUGCCAACUUUGUAAAAACCAUUAUCCUUAAUUACCACAAGGACAAUUUUGGCUCAUUUAUCAAGCAAAUUAUCUUGAAUUGAAGCAUUUUUUUUUUUCAAAUAGAAAGCGUUUUUGAAUUUUGUCUAAU